CAUCUUCAGCAAUAUCUUCAUCUUAUUGAAUUCUUUUAGCUUGCCCAUAUAUACGGGUGUAAUAUGCUCUGGCUUGAACGAGGUUGUAGUUAACUUCCUCGCCAAUCAAAGGGUUCCUAAUCCCCGCAGCCAUUCGUCUAGUCUUUAAAGAUUUACAAGAUUUCAAUCUCAGAACCCGGCCAUGAAGCUGUGCUUUGUAACAGUGGGAGCCACGGCUUCAUUUGAACUACUUCUUCGAUAUGUUUUCAACGAGACGUUCCUGGGCGCAUUGAAGCAGCACGGAUACACGCAUCUACUCGUUCAAUACGGCAAAAAUGGCCAGGCUAUCUGCGAGAAUUUCACCAAGAACAAUCCAGAAGGAAGCGAAGCUCGUCAUGGAAUUGAGAUUGCCGGGUUCGAGUUCAAUCAGGCAGGGCUUGGUGAAGAGAUGCGUCUGGCGCAGGCAAAUGCUGAGUUCGAUCAGGAGGGCGGGGUGAUUAUCAGUCACGCAGGGUCAGGAAGUAUCCUCGAAGCAAUGCGUCUGGGUGUUCCACUUGUGGUCGUCCCGAAUCCUUCCCUCAAGGAUAAUCAUCAGAAAGAACUGGCAAAUGAGCUACAAAAGCAAGGCUAUGUAAUAGCCAGCAAUGUCAAAGAGGUAUCCGAAACUGUGGGUGAAGCAGAAGCUUUGCGCUCUCACAUGUUGAGAUGGCCGCCGGUUCGCGGACGAAACCAACAACAGCCGACACUGCAACAAGUCAUGUCGGACGAGCUUGGAUUUGUGGAUUGAUUCCGACAAUUUGGGGUCACAUUAGUUUGGGUUGGAAGUAUAGGCCUUGAGCCACGCCGUGCUGUGUAUAUUUAUCACAAUUCGCACGGUACAACGUACGCUAGGUGUUACUGCAGUAAGAUAUGGCAGGUUUAUUCUCAUGUGUCUUAUUCUUUUGACCAUUUUGGGGCAUAAAACCAGUUAUAUUCACUCGGUUGGCGCCAAUGGGCUCAUUAUUGCUACUAAAUGCAUUGUAUAUAGAAAAAAUUGAACAACCAAAGGAUCGAGAAUCAAUUGACUGCCU